CUACAUUGCCAAAGACCUUAUUCUUGCGCAUGCGCUUUGUACCAAUCCUUUCUCUCUCUUGUUCAGCCACGAUUCGGUUGGUCUGGAUAAGCCAAAAUGGGUGACUUUGACAAAACUACUACAGAACUAGAAGAUGUCGCGGCCCCUGAGGUUCAUGAUGUCAAGCUUUUUGGCAAAUGGUCAUCUGACGAGGUCCAGGUGAAGGAAAUCUCACUGCAGGACUAUAUUGCCAUCAAGGAGAAGUCCGCCACUUUCCUUCCUCACACCGCUGGACGUUAUGCCGUCAAGCGAUUCAGGAAGGCCCAGUGCCCCAUUGUUGAGCGUCUCACCAACUCCCUGAUGAUGCACGGUCGCAACAACGGCAAGAAGCUGAUGACCAUGCAGAUUGUCCAGCAGGCUUUUGAGAUCAUCCACCUGUUGACUGGCGAGAACCCCCUGCAGGUCCUUGUCAAUGCCGUCAUUGCCUGCGGUCCUCGUGAAGACUCCACUCGCAUUGGUCGUGCCGGUACUGUCCGUCGUCAGGCCGUCGAUGUCUCCCCACUCCGCAGAGUGAACCAGGCCAUGUGGCUCCUCUGCACUGGUGCUCGUGAGGCUGCUUUCCGCAACGUCAAGAGCAUUGCUGAGUGCCUCGCUGAUGAGCUCAUCAACGCAUCAAAGGGAUCAUCCAACUCGUAUGCCAUCAAGAAGAAGGACGAGCUUGAGCGUGUUGCCAAGUCUAACCGUUAAACUUUUUUUGUGGAAGGGACGAGAAUAAACGGGAAAUGCCAAAAA